AUGGCAAUGCGGAGGCUGCUUCAGGGGGUCGUUCUGCCGCGGACGACGGGCCGGUGUGUUGGGGCGUCCUCCUUCUCCACGUCCACGGAGGCCAUCCGCGCAACCCUCUUCCCCGGCGAUGGCAUCGGGCCGGAGAUCGCCGAGUCGGUGAAGCAGGUGAUCAAUGUUGCAGGCGUGCCAAUAGAGUGGGAAGAGCAUUACGUCGGCACGGAGGUUGAUCCCAGGACACAGAGCUUCUUGACAUGGGAAAGCCUGGAGUCCGUGCGGAGGAACAAAGUUGGCUUGAAAGGCCCCAUGGCCACACCCAUCGGAAAAGGCCACCGCUCUCUGAAUCUCACGCUGAGGAAGGAGCUCGGGCUCUACGCCAAUGUCAGGCCUUGCAACAGCCUCCCGGGGUACAAGACCAGAUACGAUGAUGUGAACCUGGUGACAAUCCGCGAAAACACUGAAGGGGAGUACAGCGGCCUCGAGCAUCAGGUCGUGAAGGGCGUCGUUGAAAGCCUGAAGAUCAUCACCCGCCAGGCGAGCCUGAGGGUCGCGGAGUACGCCUUCCACUACGCCAAGGCCAAUGGCAGGGAGAGGGUCUCGGCGAUACACAAGGCCAACAUCAUGAGGAAGACAGACGGGCUUUUCCUACAGUGCUGCCGCGAGGUGGCCGCCAAGUACCCUGAGAUCAAGUACGAGGAGGUCGUCAUCGACAACUGCUGCAUGGAGCUCGUCAAGGACCCUGGCACGUAUGAUGUGCUGGUCAUGCCGAACCUGUACGGCGACAUUAUCAGCGAUCUGUCCGCUGGUUUGAUUGGAGGCUUGGGCUUGACUCCCAGCUGCAACAUUGGUGAAGGCGGCAUUUGUCUCGCGGAGGCCGUUCAUGGCUCUGCGCCUGAUAUCUCCGGCAAGAACCUUGCAAACCCGACUGCUCUUAUGCUGAGUGCUGUCAUGAUGUUGCGCCACCUCCGUUUCAACGACCAGGCAGACCGCAUCCACAAUGCCAUCCUCCGCACCAUCGCCGACGGCAAGUACAGAACCGCUGAUCUUGGUGGCAAGUCAUCGACGUCAGACUACACAAAAGCAGUUUGCGGUCAUAUCUGAAUAUCUGAUUGAGCACCACCCCUUGCUCUUUCUUUCUCUUUUUUAUUCCCCAAAUUUUGUUUGCUAUUAUAUUUGGCACGGUUUAGUUAAGACCGUCGAAGAAUAAUCGUCACAUUCUUGUUCUUGGAAAAGUUUUACCAACUUUGUAGUCAAGGUCGUCCAUAAUAAUCAUUGAUUGGCAGCAUCAGCGCAUAUAGUUUGUUCGGUCAAGUUGUUGAAGAACUGGAUUUCGGUCUGUAAAAAUAAACCUAGCUCGCCGUCUCUGUUACCUCUGUUGCUGUUUUGGUGCCAUGUGAUUGUUGUCGUAUCUCGCAGACA